AAACCCAUUGGCCAUCCACCAAGUGACAAUCCAAAAACAAACUAAAUUCAAGAUGUUCAAAUUCGCUGCUAUCUUCUUCGCUGUUGUGGCUAUGGCUGCUGCCAAGCCCGGAAUCGUGGCUCCUCUGGCCGCCGCUCCUCUGGCUUAUACCGCUCCGGCUGUGGUGGGCAGUGCCGCCUACGUGGCUCCCUACGCAUCCAGCUACACCGCCAACACUGUGGCCCACAGCGCCGCGUUCCCUGCCUACACCGCCGCCUAUACUGCUCCUAUUGCUGCUCCUCUGGCUGCUGCUUACACCGCUCCCUACACCCGCUUCGCUGCCCCCUAUGUCGCACCUUACGCCGCUGCCUACACCGCCCCUCUGGCUUACAGCUCGCCCUAUGUGGCCCGUCCCUACGUUGCCGCUGCUGCCGCUCCUCUGCUGCUGAAGAAGUAAAUCAACAUGUGAACACUCUGGAAAAUAUUGCCCCGUGAGCUUGGCUCAUGGUUUGGCUUUUAUUUUCCAUAGACCCCAACUUGUGAUGAAUUAAAACUCUAAGAAUCUACUAAA